AAACAUUGCACCAAGACGAACAGGUUUUUGAGAUCCAGUAUUUGUUUUUGUGCUAGAUGGAAAGACAGCAGAAUGAUGGGCUCAGGAAAACACCAGAAUUGAGUUCAGAGUUCCAGCGGUUGAAGGCAGAACAUCUUGAGAAAAUGGCUGGUUUAAAGCAAGAGAGUGAAAUGCUGAAACAAUUGACUGAGAUUGAAAGAAUGAAAAAGGAAUUAAACGAAAUAAAAGGGAAUAAAGUGGUUGUGACAAACGAUGAGGAUAAACAAAAGUACGAGACUCCGUUUUUGAUGUCCACUAGUGGCAUGGAGAAAUCUCUUCUUCCAAGUCCUUACGACCCCAGCGCCGGGUUUUCAGUGUUCUUGGACUUUGUUCUGGGUAUGCCCUCAUCAUCCAUUAAGUGUAGGCUGGCUGUGGGGAUAUACAAUGUGACAGAGUUGGUGUCUGAUGUCAAGGUAUUACCACUUGUCAACGUGGUGAACAAGCACAACUCGAGGAUCCCAUCAGGAGGGGUUGCUGUAUUCGGCAUAAUGUAUCCUUUUCCAAAAUGUGCACCAAUACAGACACUAUCUGUGAUAGCAGAGUUACAAGCCAACAGUACAGACGAUCCUCAAGAUCCUCAUAAGCUGUUUUCUAAAGGCUGGACAAAGAUGGAUCUCUUCGAUACGGCUGACAGACUAAUAAGUGGAAGGUGGAAAAUUCCAUUUCGAGUGCCGCCAAUCAAGACUUACCUUUCAUACAACGAGCUCAACAGAAUACCACAGGUUGGUAUGGCUGAACUGUACAUCAGACUUGUUAAUGCACGUGACGUCAAACAGGAAGAAAUACUCAGCCCACAGCCUUUGCAGUAUUAUAUGUAUAAAUACCCUACAUUGGAUAAUCCAGUUCACCACUACAGUAGGCAAAGAAUUGUUGGGAAAACUCCUUCCACACGAGAAUCAAUUGACGAGCCUCCACUACCACCUCCCACCGCACCUUACCGACGUGACAUGCGUGGUGCCAUUUCCUUAACUUCUUUGAAGAGUGAGCACAAUCAUUCAGAUUCCUCGUCGUCGAUCACGGGAUUCCAGGUUGACCAGUUGUAUAAAGCUAUCGAUGGAGAAGCGAAGAUCAAAAUCACAGCUUACAGUCAACAAGAUGGCGAGAUUCUAAAAGCUGCAGGGGAUACUCCGGUCAUGUGCGUCACGAAAUCUUGCAAACAAGAUUUUCUAAAAGAUAUCUAUGUAUUUGGAUUACAAGAGGUUCGUUUUCGUCAAGUACAAUGGAACAGCAAGUCCAUUGUAGUUGUACGCGUGUAUCUUCAACCAAAAGACCCAGGCACAGACCAAAUUCCCGCAGUGAACCUACUUGAUGAAAGCAGACUAGCAGCAUGGACACUCAUACCCUUGGGUUACAGCAAUGGGAGACUUAGUCGCCAGUCAGCCCAAGGAGUGGGGAGCAGUUCGUCGCUCAAUGUUGGGAUUCAUACAGUUCCCAUAUUUUUUCCACCGGUACCCGAGAUCACUGAUAUGCCAGUCAAGAUUGACAAAUACCCGAGUGAGUGGAGUAGGUAUGGACGGGCUGCGCUUACGAUGGCAAUAUUCUCUGGCUUCCAACGGCCCCUUGAAAGUCCAUCACCUCCUCCUGAAUAUGUCGAGGAAAACGAAGUUCCGAAGAAUGCGUGGCUAAAGAAUGCCAGAUCCUUCGUUACCAAUAAAAUGUUCACUCCUGGAAGUGGUUUUGAUCUUUAUAUUGAUGGUGUUCGAUUUCUACCAGACAGUGUUACCGUCUCUAAGGUCGCCGGGCGAGUUAUGGACAAGAACUAUGACAAGGUCGGACCAGAUGUUGAGGCCCAGUCCAAGCUGUACUCAGAUAUUUAUAAUCCAGAAUUUGAUCAUCGUUUGGAGUUCAGAGAACCUGURUUUCCGGCCACGUCAACACUGAUGCUUAAGGUAUAUACCGUUGACCGUUUAUCGAAAAAGCUUUGUUGUCUUGGCUACGCUGUUCUACCAAUAUUCUUAAAACUUGGUUCAACUGAUCCACCUUCGAAUAACAGUGAUACUGAAAAGUUUUCGUUGAACGAAGGUGCACAUCAGAUACGCAUAUUCAAUGGAGCCCCAGACUUCAGUCAGCCUCUUGGACCAUCCUUGAUACAAAAGUUAAAACCUGUUCCUUGUGCCAGUCUACUCGUAAGGAUUGUUCUAGCAGCUUGUCAUCCUAACGGCAGACCCAAGGAGACUUCAGAGUUCCCUGAAAGCCAGUGGGAAAGAGAAGGACUUGUGGUUGCUAAGCAACGCUAUGAAGAAGGUUAGUCUUCGCUUUCGAAAAAUAGCCUGUCUCGUAAUGGUGUAAUAGGUGACCAGAUUU